GGUUUCAGUGCCCUCAAAUAGCGUCAGUGUGUAGUAGAGGAGCUGCAGAACGGCGUCUACUGCAUCUUCUUCUGCCGCGGGAUUCUCCUUCUCCGGCGACUGCUUUCGAUACAAUGCCGUACGUCAAAACCCAGAAGACAAAGGCUUACUUCAAGCGAUUUCAAGUGAAGUUUAAGAGAAGGAGAGAGGGAAAGACUGACUAUAGGGCUAGGAUUCGCCUGAUCAAUCAGGAUAAGAACAAGUACAACACUCCGAAAUACCGAUUUGUUGUGCGAUUUACCAACAAGGAUAUAAUUGCCCAAAUUGUAUCUUCUAGCAUUGCUGGUGACCAUGUCCUAUCUGCUGCUUACUCACAUGAACUCCCUCGUUAUGGCCUGAAAGUUGGCCUCACCAACUAUGCUGCUGCAUAUUGCACUGGACUUCUUCUGGCUCGUAGAGUUCUGCAGAAGCUUGAUUUGGACAAAGAGUAUGAAGGAAAUACUGAGGCAACUGGUGAGGACUACUCUGUUGAACCCGAGGAAAGGAGGCCCUUCCGUGCCCUCCUUGAUGUUGGCCUUUUGAGAACCACAACUGGAAACCGUGUUUUUGGUGCACUGAAGGGAGCUUUGGAUGGCGGACUUGACAUCCCCCACAGCGAGAAGAGGUUUGCAGGAUUUAGCAAGGAUAGCAAACAGCUUGAUGCUGAAGUGCACAGGAAGUACAUUUACGGUGGUCAUGUUGCCUCUUACAUGAAUACCUUGAUGGAGGAUGAGCCUGAGAAGUACCAAUCUCACUUCAGUGAAUACAUUAAAAAUGGUGUUGAGCCGGAUAACAUUGAGGCGAUGUACAAGCAGGUUCAUGCUGCCAUUCGUGCAGAUCCCUCGCAGAAGAAAUCCGAGAAACCUGCUCCGAAGGAGCAUAAGAGAUUCAACCUUAAGAAGCUAACUUACGAGGAGAGAAAGGCCCGUUUGAUCCAGAGGUUGAAUGCCCUGAAUUCUGCUGCUGGUGGAAAUGACGAGGAUGACGAUGAUGAUGAGGACGAGGAUGAUGAGUAAGAAUCAUAAUUGGAUAUGAAUUUGUGUCAAUUUUGAGCUAUAGCACUAGUUUUUUACUUAAUGAAAACAUCUGAGAGGCCAUUAUGAUAUGUGGUAAUGUUUGGAAUGGGGACAAGUUAGGUUGUGGAUUUUAUUUUUAUGGUUUCGUUUGGAAGCUCAACUUCAAAUUAUAUUUUGCCUUUUGCCGAGUA